UCAGGUGUGUCCAAUCACAGCUGAUCACAUGUAAACAGUGAAAUGCUAAGCACUGAUGAUCAGUGAGCCCUGAUGAUCUGUGUAGCCUCAGCAGCACCACCUGUCAGUGUCCAUUAGUGCCAUGUGUCAGUGCUCAUCCAUGCCACCUGCCAGUGCCCAUCUGUGCCUCAUCAGUGCCACAUUUCAGUGCCACAUCAAUGCCACAUAUCAGUUCCCAUCUGAGCUGCCUUUCAGUGUCACCCAUCGGUGCCAAUCAGUACCAACUAUCAGUGCCAGUCAGUGCCGCCUAUCAGUGUGCAUCAGUGCCGCAUAUCAGUGCCCAUCAGUGCUGCCUAUCAGUGCCACCUAACAGUGCCAGUCAGUGCCACCUAUCAGUGC